AUGGUUGAUAAAGCAGAUAUCCGAAAAUUCAAAAAUGAUUUGUCGUUUGAGAAAAUUGAUUAUUUAGUCAAAUAUAAUCUAUUGAGCAUAUUUCCUGAAGUCACAUUAACAUUGAAAUACGUUUGGGGAAUUUCACAUUUCAUUACAAUAAUUGGGACUAUUGGAUACUUUUUAACAAUUUUCAACUUCAGCAAAUUAAACUUAAUCGAACCGAUUUAUUUCAAACCGACAAUAUGGUACUAUUCCGCCGACCUUGGAGCAAUAUUAACAUACAGCAUUGUGAUAUUUAUAAGCAUUAAUAACUCAAUGCCCGAAUUGGUUCCCUUCACAUUAUCCAAAUUUUUAAAAUUUGAAAAUUCACAUUUACUAUCGUUUGCAAUGUUAUGGUUAUUUACACCAAUCACGAUAUUUAAAAUUCUACCAUUUACGUUAUACUCGUUGUUGAAUCUAAGCAAUUAUCUUGCAGUUGAAGUUUUCCCUGACAGUUCCUUGGCAGAAUUAAUGAAUUCAUUGAUUGAAAUAUUGGAAACUCCGUUGCUAUUGAUGGCAGCACAUUUAGAUCUCAUUUUGUUUCCCAUAAUACUUAUGCAAUCGAUAAAUCAGCAAAACUUCUACCCUUAUGUGAUUUACUCAAUUAUAUGGUGCUUAAGAAUCGAGAGCUCAGAGGUUAGUAAGACUUCACUAUACUGCUUGAUCCACACAAUAGACAACUGGGUCCAAAGCUCAAGCUAUGUUGAUAAGUAUUCCUAUGAAAAAUGGACAGUGUUUCGAACAUUUAUGGACAGACAGCUCCCCUUGAGACUCAGCAAGACAGAGUCAAUAGACACGCCAGAUGCAGAUGAAGGGCUCGUUGACCUCUGGAACAUAGCAGACCAUCUCAGCGAGACAGAUACAUGUAGCUAA